AUUAGAGACAAAGCAUUCAUGUUUGUGGACGAGAGUUUCAAAUCUUCUCCAUUCUUUACCACGAUGGGAGCUGCUCGAAUAAAGCUGUCUCCUAUCGGAAUAGUUGUUCUAGGACUUGUUUUCGUCGCAAUAAUCUAUUACUUAUCCACAGAUGGCGGAAGUGGGGAGUUCUCUCAGAGGUACUUUGAGGGCGAAGACACAGUAUCGAUGGAGAGACUGAUCAGAACUGCAAUUUAUCUUGCCGAGAAAGGGGGGAAUAUCGUUCGGAAAAUCCGCAAAGGCGAAGAUUUAGGGGAAGAAAGCAAGGGAAAGACUCUUGAAGGAGCCAACAAUCCAGUAACACAGGGAGACAUGUUGUCUCAUAGAGCCAUGUAUUAUGGCUUUAAAAAAGAAUUUCCUAGGUUAAAUGUGGUGUCUGAAGAACAUGACCACGGUGAAGUUGAUUUAAAAGAUGUUAAAGCUCCUGAUAUCUCUACAAUUAAGCUUGACGGCAAACUCUAUAACAAGGAGGAUGAGGUUGUAUCUGCUGGUAGCCUUCUUGUAUGGAUAGACCCGCUAGAUGCCACGCAAGAAUAUACAGAAAAUCUUGUUCACUAUGUAACUACGAUGAUUUGUAUUGUUGUCAAUGGAAAACCUGUGGCAGGAAUAAUUCAUAAACCUUUUCUUCAGGAGACAUAUUGGGCUUGGGUUGGCCAUGGAUCCUCAGGUAAUAUAAAUGUGCCACCUGAAAAAGAUUCUGCAUUGCAAAUGCCAAAGGUCAUUGUUUCAAGGUCUCACGCCGGUAAAGUCAAUGCUACUGUUCGGUCAGCAUUUGGUCCACAAUCCAUGGUGAUACCAGCUGGAGGAGCAGGGUAUAAGGUGUUGUCACUCUUUGAAGAUAAAGCCAAUUGUUAUGUUCAUGUUACGCUAAUCAAAAAAUGGGACAUCUGCUCUGGGGAUGCCUUGUUGAGAACACUUGGAGGAAAGAUGACUACAUUAGAUAAUGAAGAAAUUAAUUAUGGUGAUGGUUUUAAACCAGCUAACGAGAAAGGACUUGUCGCUGCAUUACAUAAUCAUGCUGAGUAUCAAGAGAAGCUUGCACACAAGUUAAAGUCAUAGAAAUGGAACAAUACAUUAGUUCAAAGUUGUUUAUAAUUUAUUGCCUCUUAUACCUGUGUGCAAAAAAAAGAAAAAAGACAUGUAUUUUGAAAUUCAAUGCAUGCAUAAUUCCAAGAGGCACCUAAAUUAGUUGACAGCAUCCUGUCAGGAAAUCAUUUGAAGAGGAAAAUCUUCAAUGCUUGGGGUUUUUACAUGUAUGUUGUGGAGCAACAUAAAAAAAGGGAAAAAAUGGUUUACAUUAGAUUCUUUAGCAUCAAUGUAAAUUGUUUGAAAUUUUUGGGAAAAAACCUGCAUCAUACUUUUUUAUCUGCAGUACAUUUAGUCAUACUAUGCAAAUUUUAUCUCUGCUGCGAGUGAAACAAAUCUGUGGCAGGGAUGUCACUUUUGUACACAAAGCAUUUUCAAAAUACAAGCUUUACUUGUUAUUUAAGUGGUAUUUAACAUUGUAUUCAAAGUACAAUUAUGAGACAUGACUCAUAAACGUCCAGAACAUGUAACUUCUCCCUAUAAUUUUCACAUAUCAUACAGCUAACAGGUAAUGAGAAAACUCAAACUUGUCUGGUAGAAGUCAUUAUCUUGAUCUAACACCAAAAUUCUCAUAACUAAUUAACAAGGAAAUGUGUAGCACCUAGAGGGGAGAAAUAGCAAUCAGAUUUUGGGAGUUAAAGGGUUAAUGCCUAAACUUUUAUUACAAUCACACUUUGGCUUUUGUAGUAGUAAUAUUUAAGUUGUAUUUCUGGUGAGGGUCACAUGACCUCUAUGAAGCAAUCAUAACUCAUUUUUUGAGAAAAAGGGGAAUCACAUAAAUUACAAGUAACUCUAUCCCAAAUGCUUUUACUCAUUCAUGUUUUAAUUAGGUAUUUAAUUAGUCUUGCAAAAACUGAGCAGACUGAAGUAAUAUAUAUUUGGGAUAAUAACAAAUACAUUAAAAUUUUAUACAUGU